UCGCUUAUUAGCCACUAUGGACUCGGCGCGUCUCUGAAUCGGCCCAUUCACAGCCCACAAAAGAGUGUCCUCUCAAAGGCCAAACCCUCGCCGCCGCCCCCUCACUCCCCACCGGCGACCUGCCCAUCCGUUCACGCCGUACACCAUGGCGGCCUCCUCGGGUGUCGCCGGCGACGACCCGAUUUCUAGAUCCGCCUCGUCCAUCGUCGCCAGUGCAGUGAGCGGCUCCCACUUGCUCAAGAUCGUCGGCUACUCCCGCACUAAGGAGGUCCCCAAUGGCAAGCAGAUCCGCUCUUUCCCAUUCCGGGUCGGAGGCCGCACAUGGCAUCUGGAUUACUUUCCUAACGGGGCCAUGCCCGAGGACAUCGAUUUCAUAUCCCUCUAUCUCACCCUGGAUGAUACCGUUGCGAAAGACAAGGCCGUGAAGGCACAAGCCAAAUUCAGCUUACUGGACCAACAUGGGAAGCCGGUGCCAACGCAUAACUUCACUACCCAGAUCAGAGACUUUGCUGUGUGUAAAGGUUGGGGAAUCAAAAGGUUGAUCAAAAGGGAGGAAUUGGAGAAAUCAGAGCAUCUCAAGGAUGAUUCCUUCACUGUGAAGGUCGAUGUUACUAUCUUGAGCGACUUCCACGUGCAGGAGACACCAUCAAUUUUGGAGCCACCAUCCAUUUCGGUGCCACCACCUGACAUGCAACGGCACUUCGGGGAUCUCCUGUCGAGCAAGGUGGGCAUUGAUGUCAAAUUCCGAGUCGGCCAGGAGACAUUCUCGGCCCACCGUUUGGUGCUCGCGGCGCGGUCUCCGGUCUUCAGAGCAGAGUUCUUUGGGCCGAUGAAGGAGGGGACGAUGAGAGAGGCCAUACAAAUUGAUGACAUGGAAGCAGAAGUGUUUAAGGCUUUGCUUACCUUCAUGUACACGGAUGCACUGCCAGAUAUGGAUCAGGGAGAAGAAUGCGCCAUGGCUCAGCAUUUGCUUGUUGCUGCGGACAGAUAUGAUCUGGGCAGGCUGAAGUUGAUUUGUCAAGAUAAGUUGAGCAGUGGUAUCGAUACGAGCUCUGUGGCGACCAUCUUGGCAUUGGCAGAUCAGCACCACUGCCAUGAGCUUAAGGCGGCAUGCUUGAAGUUCCUCAGCUCACCGGCAAAUCUGGAUGUGGUCAUGGAGUCUGAAGGUUUUGAGUUAUUAACCAAGAGCUGCCCCGGUGUUAUGAAGGAUAUCCUCAGGUCCCAUGUUGCCCCUAGUUUACUUGGGAAAACAAAAUCAAGAGCAUCAGCAUGAGGUUUCAAUCAUGAUGUGAUCUGCAAUCAUCCGUCUAGGAAGUUUGUAAAAGGCCCUACAUGCUAUCUAAUGUAAUAGUAGAUUUAUGUGUAGCUUGGUUCUCACAAGGAUCUGAUGUCGUUGCUCCUUUUUGUUUGGUCAUCGUAUCCUUCGCUGAGAAUUAUUAUUAACGGUUUCACAAGUGCAAACUAAGAACCAUUUGCUAAUUAGUGAAGUUUAUAAGACUUUAAACUAGUUGAUCUUUACAU